AUGUCUCUGCUUGUCAACCACCAGCCUUGGAAGCUCUGCUUUCGGAAAACUGUGUUGGUAAGAUCUUCUCCUCUUAACUUUAAUGGCGUCUCAUCUUCCUUGCCGCAAACCCCUCCUUGUUACAUUUGGGGUGCUAAUCCUUGUGGAGAGGAUCUCGGAAAACUCAGAAUUAUGAAUGCUAAUGAACGUAGACUUAUGACUCCUAAUGAACGUUCCAUUACUAAUUCGGAAAAGAAGGUACCUUUGGAAUUGAUGAAGGAAUCCGUAACGAUAGGAGCCUCUCAUGGUUGGGUAGCUACAUUGAAAAAGACCGAACAUUGA